AUGCCGGCCCUUAGGCCGUUUGCGAAUUUGCGAGUGUCUCUUGCACACCCUGCACCCCAAUACCGACGCUUCAGUGCAACUCCUACCCGAUGCUUGAGUGCUGUCUUCGCAGAGACAGAAAACCCCGAGCUGAACAAAGUCCUUAUCGAUGUUCAGGAGAAGAUCAUUCUUCCAGCAUACCUGCCCGAGACACAGAGAAAGAUUGUCUACAACACUAGCAAGGGCGACUACAUGCGACGCAACCCCAUCGUUAUCGAGCUUGAUGGCCUUGAGCAUACAUUUUCGCCAAUCGAUAUAAAGAAAGACAUCCCAAAUUCAAAGACGGCACUCACAGACGCGACCAAGCUGAUGAAGACCAAGGAGGAAUGGGACAACAUCGGUACAUUCCUUGCUGGCUACCAGAAGGCUGGGAUUAAGCUAGAUCAGGAGCACUAUAUGUCCUUGAUUCGAAGGGCAUGCGCCUCCCAGCAGGAAUACUCUAUCAUCGAGUGCGCCAAGCAGGCUGACAAGACUGGCCUUACUCUACACCGCGAUUCCUCAAUUGCCCUCUUAUUGUCAUCCAUCAACCAAAAGAUCUACAACUCAGCGCGAGAAGAUGGAGACACGUUGCAGGCUUUUAAAUGGAACCGCCUGAUCUGGGAUAUUAUACAACGGCCAGAGCACGUACAGCGCCGUAGCUCAGACAGUAAGCUAGCUUGCGGAAGCCCUGUUACCCGAGGACUUCUUCUCUUCACUCAAGCACAUGCAAUCCAAGCACAACAGGCAGCCGGAGAGUCUGUCGAGAAAUUGACUCAAGAAUUACGGGAUAACGUAGAGUUCAUCGCCGGGUAG